GUAGGCAAAUAAAGCUCCACUUGAUGUUGUUUGCGGCAGUUGAAUGAUAACAGUUCUCAAUAUGGUUUUAUGGUUUUAUGCCAAUGAACGCUUUGGCCGGGAUCAAUUUCAAACGGAAAAUGUGGCGUUAUCGGUACAGUGUACAUCGCGUAGCGUUUUACAGUAAGAUACAAUACGAGGAGCGAAGUAGUCGCUUGGGUAGCGCAUGUGCGCAGUUCGUUGUCAACUUCAGAACUUUGAAGUUUUAAAAUUGUGACCGUGACGCAAGUUAAAAUUUAUCGACUGACUACUGCUAUAUGCAGUUGUACAGUGCAGUUGACAGCUGUGAUGCUUUUCUAAAGGCAUUACGGUGUUACUUUUUAAUUUUUUCGUUUGGAGUGGAAGUUGCAACAUACGAAGUAACUAGUUAUUUACGACAGUGUGGAUACUGUAUCGAUCGCAGUCUGCAAAUGUUCGUCCCGAGAAUUCGCCAUCCUUUGUUGCUUUUUCUGGCAGUCAUAUUUAUCUUGGCGACGAUCUAUUAUUUCUUGCCCUCCUACCAACAACCUGAAUCGCAUUUGCAGAGUAUUCACUGCGACAAACCUUGCAUGACUUCUUGCGGCAAUCAGAUUAUUAAGGUAACGCCACAACAACUGCCUCGAUCCAGUGUUGCUCUUCGAUGGUUCCAUGUGACGGAUUUCAAUCUCAUCUGUGCAGUCGUCUUGGAGGAAGCAUGGGAUUCGUAUGCCGAUGCGUUUGACGAACAAUUUCGCAGAACUUUCCUAUCAGAUUCGGUUAAGCGUUUUAUGAUGACAUACAGAGAUAACUGUCACCCUAGCCGGCUACUUUUCGGUGCCUUUCUCGGACAUAGCCCCGGACUGGGAUUCGGUUCCAUCUUGAGCAAUGGAUUAGGAGCAUUUCACAUCGCGGAGUUGACGGGGCGACGCUACCAGAUUGUGCAUCACGAAUGGCCGUACGAAAAACUGAGCACAUUUUUCGACGAUUUUGCCGGUUUCACUCCGUGCCCUUUAUUUGCUGAAUUGUCCAAAGAACAAGCUGAGCGCUUGCUGAAAAACGCGGGCACUUACAAUGUAACGUACGCCAGUAACACCGUAAAGGUCAGCCGCGAUGUGGAUGCCGCUCCGUUGAAUCCGUCCAAUGAAUUCAACGCCAUGCGCAUCGUUUUAAGCGAAUUGUAUCGAGAAGACUUUCAGGGUUCCUUCCGCACCAAAUCCCUGCUGACCAAAUCGGUGUGGCAGUUGAAGCCGCAAUUUCGUGAAUUUAUUAAAGUGCUGCUAUCGAGUGUGCUAUCCCAAGGAUUUGUCGGAGUGCACAUGCGCCGCACGGACAAAAUUACCAACAAGGAAAUGGCGGAUAUUCCCAUUGAACGGUUUGCUGACGCAAUCCGCAAGCUCGUUGUAACGAAAGCGUAUCCACGAUGUGCCGUGUUUGUGAUGACGGAUGACGAAUCUGCUUGUGAUUUGCUGCGUACGCUUUUGCGGAGGGAUGCUUGUGCGGUGUACACGAUUGUGGACUUGACGCAGCUGCACGGAUUUAAUCCAAUGCAGCUGUUUGUGGAUCCUUUAAAGCAAGUAAAGCACGGUGUCCCGCGGCUAAACAGGGCCUACUGGACCAAACACACCACGCAGCUGAUUAUGGAGCUCACCAUAUUAUCCCUCGCCUCGGACGUUGUCUGCACUUUAAGUUCUAAUGCAUGCAAUUUGGUGGCGCUUUUACGCGGCUCACACAAUGAAACUGUUCAUUCCUUGGAUCUAGACUGGUGUCCUUCGAAUUACACGGGAUAUAACACAUCCUGCGUGCUGCACACGAACUGAGAUUUUACAUUGAUGUUUUGCGGCCAGUGUAAUGUAUCAGAUCUGGCUAGUAUGCUGUAUGUACAGUUUUCGUUUUCCUAAUGUUUUCCUGAUGAUUCCUAAUGUUUCAUUUUCCUAAUGUAUAUUUUAUUUCUGGGUCAGCAUUUUUUGUUGGAAGCGCUAUUGGUGUAAAAGUAUCAGAUCAAGUACCAGAUCAACACGAGGAGGCUGUCUCCACUAU